AUGAAUAUGGAAUCACCUUAUGCGCCCGCUUGGAACGAGUUCCUCAAAGAAAUCGGGGGUGAAAUGCUUAUGACGGGCACCACUGUUGAACAGCUUUUCCAAGACUCUGAUGUGAAUGCACAAAAGAUUACAUCUAGAUAUGAAAUCCCUCCGCCCGAUGAUUCAGUAAACAUCGAGGACAUUACCCUCCAGGAUUGCUGGGCUCGCAUCUACACUCCCCCGUCAGAGACAGAUAGUGGGUCUGUGGCUGUGUUCAUUCAUGGUGGAGGCUGGAUCAUGGGAAGCCCGAAUAUCGAAGAUGCCGCAUGCCGACGGAUUAGCAAGUCAAGUGGUAUGAAAGUUGUUAGCAUCGGAUAUCGACUGGCACCCAAAUUCAAAUUCCCUACUGGUCUCGACGACUGUGUACGAGUUACACUUUGGGUAUUGGAUCACUUUUCGGUACCUUCCGUGAUUAUCAUGGGAGGCUCAGCGGGUGCUAAUCUCGCUUUUGGUGUGGCACUGAAAUUUGUGGAUGCAGGAAUUGGGGAGAAGGUGAAAGGUGUACUGGCUCUUGUGCCUGCAACCGUGCAUCCCGAGGCUGUUCCAGAAGACAAAAGGGAUCAGUACACUGCUCUGCAUGAAAAUGCUAAUAAUACUGUCAACACUUUGGCUUCAAUGGGUUGCUUCUUGGACGCCUAUGCAGCGCCACCGCACGACAAGUAUUUCUCGGUUCUUCUUCAUCCUCGUCUGAGAGAUUUGAAAAAGGUUUACAUUGUCGAAUGUGGAACUGACACUCUGAGAGAUGAUGCACGAUUGAUGGGAGAAGCGUUGAAGGAGUCUGGUGUGCCUCUUAUGUAUGACGCCUAUCCUGGCUACCCUCACUACUUCUGGUCAUAUCCAUCUCCAGUGUUAGCGGAGGCUUCCAAAACUUUCCAUGAGAACAUGUUCCGAGCGCUAGCAUGGCUUGAUCACGAAUGA